AGCCUGCUGUCAGCGCUGAUCAGGGGGUCAGGAGAAGUCAGCGAGGAGUCAGCACGUCAGUUCGAGGCGUGGUGGGCGGUGCACGUGGCCCACGUCUCGCCCCCGCCUACCGCCCACGUCAUGACCCCCCCGCCCCACCACGUCCACCCACGCCCACACGCCAUGGAGAAGAUCGGGUCUGAACCACUGCACCCGGCGAUACAGACCGUGACCAGCCAGUACGGACCGCAGAAGACCAGGAUGAGGACCAGUUUCGAUCCAGAGUUGGAACUACCGCGCCUUCAGCGAUGGUUCGCUGAGAACCAGCACCCGACUAGACUACAGAUCCAGCAGUAUGUUGCAGAACUGAACGCCCUCGAGUCUAGACGCGGCCGCAAACCGCUAGAUGUCAGUAAUGUCGUUUACUGGUUCAAGAAUGCGCGCGCCGCGUACAAACGUCAGGAGUUCCGGUCGUUUAACGGUCUCAAGUCGCCGCCGCCCGACGAAACCAGCGUCUCCGACAACGACGAUCACCACGACCCCUACGCCGCCCCCCCUCAUCAGCCCCACCCACUCACCCACUCCCCGCCCACCGCCCACGACCACCCACACCUACAACAGCAGCAGCAACAACAACAGCAGCAACACGAAGAAAAUCAGGAGGACGAGGAGUCUAGGCCGCCUGGUUCAGAGCCUUCAGAGAGCCUGCAGGGGCGGGUGCUGGCAGCCGGGGGCAGCUCCGGGGGUCCCAACUCGUCCUCAGGGGAUCGCUGCCCCCCUGAGAGUGACGUGGACAUGAGUGAAGAUGAGGAUGAGGUCAGGUCAAGAGACAGCAUCGGUCCAGUCAAUGAGGGCAAGUGUUCGCCGCCGCCUGUGGUGUCGCCGGGAGCUCUGUCCCUGCCGCCAUACCCGCCCCUGCCCGGGCUAGGCCAGGCAGGGAUGGACCGCCUGCCCUACCCUGUCGUGCCCGGCUCACUCCUCCAGCACUCUAUGAUGUACAUGGCUCACUAUAUGCCCCAGGUGUCUCCGUUCUCGAGUGGCCUGGGGAGCAGCGGUCCGCCAGAGGAACGCCGCAAGAGGAACCGCACCUUCAUCGACCCGGUGACAGAGGUGCCGCGUCUGGAGCAAUGGUUCGCCAUCAACACCCACCCCAGCCACAACCUGAUCCUCAAGUACACGGAGGAACUCAACCGCAUGCCCUACCGCCAGAAGUUCCCGAAGCUCGAGCCGAAGAACGUCCAGUUCUGGUUCAAGAACCGACGAGCCAAGUGCAAGAGGUUACGGGUCUCCAUGUAGGUCUUCAGGGUGUUCUUUAAGGACGUUUUCUAUAAAGAGCUCAGCCAAGGAUCCUAUCUCUGUUAGACUCUUAAUCAUCUUGAGUGCGUCAUUACAGUAUAAGAAUGUCCGGUUCUGGUUGUUAAAACAAGAAGUGAUAAGUGGACGAGGCUUACCUGCCUGACACGCCACGCCGCAUGAAGCUAUAGGAAGUUCAUGUACACGAAUAUCCAGUCCUGGCUCACGCACCGCAGGAUAUGGAACGAUCAGCUCAGUCUUGGUAGCUAGGCUGCAGGUGGAAGAGUCAGCUAGAGUAGUACCCAUAGAGUUCUUCCGCCUUCCAGGACGUCUUCGCUGGUUGGACUCUACUGGUUCGAUUACCUUGGUCUGCCUGAUUCUUCUGGUCUGACCCCCGCUGGUUCUCUACUGGAUGGGAACCCAAGAGCCGGGGCUUCCACCCGUGCUGUGCUUGAGCAAGGUCCAUCGUGCCCUGAGCCAGCCCUAGACACCCACUUUCCCCGAGACGCUGUUGCUGCUUGUGAAAUAUUUCGGAAAAUAGAUUGAUCAGGUCUUGAUCACAAUCCUGGAACAUGGAGGCGUGAACUCCCUUCCCGUCACUCACAGACCCCCAGAGGAUGGGGGAAUACUCUCAUUUCACAAUCGACUUGAGAAUGGUCCAGGACGGACCGAAACGUCGUCGUCCCUUCACCUUCUAGUGUGUGUGGUCUGGUCAACAUACUUCAGCCACGUUAUUGUGACUCAUCGCCUGCAUAGGAAUACUCUAGUCCGGUGUACAAACAUUGGUCAAGCGGUCGGAACUGGCUUCAUUUCAGACUUACUGAUGUAGUCUCAACCUCUUGAACUUCGUUAAAAAGAGAGAGAAAAAGGCCAAAAGUCGCCUUGAGGGCUACUCUCAGGAUCUUCACAUGAAAUUUAAGACACAAAUAACCAUUUUUCCUGAUAAUUUGCUCUUAAGGAGGGCAUCAUCACCUGUUGACGCGCUGAAGCAGUCGGUGAGGUGCUGAAGCAGUGGGUGACGCGCUGACGCAGCCGGUCACGCGCUGACGCAGCCGGUGACGCGCUGACGCAACCGGUGACGCGCUGAAGCAGCCGGUGACGCGCUGACGCAGCCGGUGACGCGCUGACGCAACCGGUGACGCGCUGAAGCAGCCGGUGACGCGCUGACGCAGCCGGUGACGCGCUGACGCAACCGGUGACGCGCUGAAGCAGCCGGUGACGCGCUGACGCAAUCGGUGACGCGCUGACGCAGCCGGUGACGCGCUGACGCAAUCGGUGACGCGCUGAAGCAGCUUCAUGAACGAGAUCUCCUCCAGCGUUAAAACGUUAUACCCAAUAUCUGUGAUGUUCAAAAUUAUUAUAUAUUGCAUUAAAUCAUAUGCAAAAAAAAUAUAUAUAUGUUAUAUCGGCUAAGCCAGUGUAGUGAGCAGCAACCAAAGAGCAAGAACUGAAACAAAUAAUUGAGCAAGAGGUGAAAGGGUAGUAUGGAAGGGGGUAAGACUGGGGGGGGGUGGUAUUGAAGGGGAAUAUGGGCAGGGUGCACACACACACACACACACACACACACACACACACACACACACACACACACACACACACACACACACACACACACACACACACACACACACACACACACGCACACACACACGCACACA